CACUGCCCUCGCCCAGUUGUUUGGCCGAGCCCCGGGGGUAUUUGAACCCACACCGGACUUCCCUGACUCGCCAGCAGCACUUCCCACCUCCAACCAACACACCCUCACACCCAGCCAGGCCUCAGGUUACGAUCACUUUCCUCCUACCUCCAACCGUUUGAACUGCUAGACCAUCUACAAUGGCCGAAUCAACCACGAUUCCUACCUUCAAACUUGUCCUCGUCGGUGAUGGAGGUACCGGUAAAACCACAUUUGUCAAGCGACAUUUGACCGGUGAAUUUGAGAAAAAGUACAUCGCCACACUAGGUGUCGAAGUGCACCCUUUGGCAUUCCACACCAACCAUGGUAUGAUUUGCUUCAACGUUUGGGAUACCGCAGGUCAGGAAAAGUUUGGUGGUCUCCGAGAUGGUUACUACAUUCAAGGUCAAUGUGGGAUCAUCAUGUUCGAUGUGACCUCCAAAAUCACCUACAAGAACGUCCCCAACUGGUUCAGGGAUUUGGAGCGUGUUUGCGAAGGUAUUCCAAUCGUAUUGUGCGGAAACAAGGUUGACGUCAAGGAGCGCAAGGUCAAGACUGGCUCCGUCACUUUCCACCGCAAGAAGAAUCUGCAAUACUUCGAAAUCUCUGCCAAAUCAAACUACAACUUUGAGAAGCCCUUCCUUUGGCUAGCACGAAAACUGUCUGGAACAACCAACCUCGAAUUUGUUGCCGCCCCUGCCUUGGCACCACCCGAAGUUGCAGUCGAUGCCAACUUGAUGGAAACCUACAACAGAGAGCUCGAGGCCGCUGCCGCGGCUCCUCUUCCUGACGAGGACGACGCAGAUCUUUAAUGGAGCAAAAAGGCUUUCUUAUAUUUAGUCAUCCAUCCCAUAGUUUUACCUCCACUACCCCCCUCCCUCCCCAUCCUCAACGCCCCUCCACAUUAUGAUUGUUACGCUCAUCGCAAUUUACUGAUGAAGCAUCUCAAAAAACGUUAAAAAACAAAAAUGAUCGAAAUGUCAAAGCUUUUAUCUUUUCCCGCUAUUGUCUCUGCUUUGAUUGAGAUUGGUCAGGUACGACCAACUCAAACCCCUCGUGCGGCUAGCAAUGCUCUCUUUCAGUGGUGCUGCACAUCUAGUCUUUUCGUCCAAAUUAGCUAUAUUGGCCGUUUCGCGGUACCGGUAUCUGCUUAAGAAAAUCCUGUAACCAGUUUUGUCAUUUACCCGAGGUUCAAUCGUAGAUCUCUUUUGAAGUGUGGGUGAUUAAGCCGAGCCAGGGUGCUCUCUCCCUCAUCACACAUUCGCAAGUCUUUCGCUCGCUUCGCAAUCUCGCCAAUUGGACGCAGGCCCACGGGCCGAUGCGUGAUUACCGAUUCUAAUCGUCAUGAGGGCUUUCAGCGGCUUGAUGAUGUCUAGCAAUAUGUAAUCG